CUUCCGGAUUCUUUUUUGCAACCCCAUGAUACAUCAUUUGUCACUGGUCUUGAUUUCAUUUUAUCAAAGGACCCCUUGUUAUACAAUGUCAUUGCCCACAAUAGAUUUGAUUUGUUUUUCAAAGAAAAUCUAGAAUUCCAUAAUAAACCUGAUAAUGAAAGAUUACAGUAUUAUUAUGAAAAUUUAGCAAGCAGCAUAAUUUCUCAACAGGUUUCCGGCGCUGCUGCACAAUCAAUAAAGACUAAAAUCUGUCAUAAAGUGCAUCAAUUUCAUAAUCACGAUAACAUUAAUAUUAAUACUAAUGGUAAUAUUAUUAUACAAUUUCCUUUUCCAAAUGAAAUCUCUGUUUUAUCUGAUGAAUUUUUAAGAGAAUGCGGUUUAUCUUAUCGAAAGGCUCAAUAUAUCAAAUGCUUAUCCAAUUCAUUCCUAGACAAUUCUUUAUCUCUCGAUUUAUUCGAAAAUUCAGAUGACCAAUUAAUCAUCGAAAGAUUGACUCGAGUUAAGGGUCUAGGAAUUUGGUCUGCAAAAAUGUUCUUGACUUUUGGUCUAAAAAAACUAGAUAUAUUCGCUGAAGAUGAUUUAGGUGUAGCUAGAGGUUUACUGAAAUAUAUAUUUUAUAGACCUGACUUACUAUCUCAAUCAAAAACUUUAGUUAACGAAAACUACAAAACACAAAAUAAAAAAAUAAAAAAAUCAAAAUGGGGCAAUAAAAAAAGAGAUUGGUUACCGAUUGAAGAAAUUUAUAUGGACCAAAUAGCCAAACAAUUCUCCCCAUAUAGAACAAUCUUUAUGCUAUUAAUGUGGAGAUUGUCCAGUACAAAAAUUGAAGCUUUAGAAAAAUAA